GAGGGAGGUGCUGCAGCAAAAGAGGCGGGUGGGCGGUCCCGGGGAGGAAGGGAUGACCUUUUUCGCCAGCCCGCCCCGCCCCUUCCUCCGCCGCCGCCAUGGAGCUCUUCCUGGGAGGCUGCAGAGCUGCCCUGCAGACGUGCCUCCGGAGCCACUGCAAACUCCACGUGGUGCUCGGGAACGAAGCAUGCGAUCUGGAUUCCAUGGUGUCUGCUCUUGCGCUUGCUUACUUCUUUGCAAAGACAGCUCCAGAGAAACGGGCGGCCUUCAUCCCAGUCCUAAACAUCCCUCGCUCCGACUUCCCCCUGCGGACAGAAAGCACCUUUCUCCUCAAGGAGCACCGGAUCCCUGAGAGCGCCAUUAUCUUCCGAGACGAGAUUGACCUUCUCGACCUCCACCGAGCUGGGCUUCUCUCACUGACUCUGGUGGACCACCAUGUCCUUCCAAGCCAGGACACAGCUCUGGAGGAGGCAGUCGUCGAGGUGGUAGACCACCGGCCCCUAGAAUGGGAGAGGAGCCCUCACUGCCGAGUCACAUCGGAAUUGGUGGGGUCAUGCGCCACGCUGGUGACGGAGAAGAUCCUGCAGGGCCCGAUGGAGGUUUUGGACCAGACAACGGCAGCCCUGCUACACGGUACCAUUGUCCUCGACUGUGUCAACAUGGCUCCCGAGGCUGGCAAAGUGACCCCCAAGGACAUGCACUUCGCUUCCCUCCUGGAAUCCAAGUUCCCGGAUCUGCCCCCAAGAGGUGUUGUCUUUGAGGCUCUGCAGAACGCCAAGCUUGACGUCUCAGGGCUCACAACAGACCAGAUGUUAAGGAAAGACCUCAAAGCCAUCUCUGGGAAAGAGAUUGCUGUCGCCCUUAGCUCUGUAUAUGUGACUCUACAGGACUUCUUGUGCCGUCUAGAUGUGGAGCAAGACUUGAGCACCUUUUGCCAACAGAGAGGCUAUGAUGCGCUGGUUUUGAUGGCGAUUUCCUUCCACGGGCGGAAUGAGCCCUUCCGGCAGCUGGCUGUGUACAGCCAACAAGAGGCGCUCCGGACAGGGGUAUGUCAAAGCUUGGAGGAUUCUAGCAACCCCUCUCUCAAUCUGUCCCUGCUGGAGAGCCCGCACCCCACCAUCCGCGCCUACGCCCAGGGUAACACCGCCGCCUCUCGCAAGAAAGUCCUCCCCAUCGUGAAAGAUUUCCUGAGGGAGUGGGGCCACCGUGCCACCAUGCAGCCGUGUCGCAAGACCAGAGCCGAGCCAACGGAUUCAUCCUCAGGCAGCACCGACAGCCGCCCUCCAGAGAAGGGUGCAGCGGGCCGGAAGGAACCCGCCAAAUCCCAGCGCUUGGGGGACGACCUCUUGGGUGACGAAGACACCCACUUACCUCCGACGCCCAUGAACAGCCUGGUUGACGAGUGCCCCCUGAACCAGGGGCUGCCGAAGCUGUCGGCGGAGGCCGUCUUUGAAAAGUUCAACCACAUUGCCGUGGCCCACUCCUGUGAGGACAGCCCCGAGAAGAAAUGAGGCGUGCGCUCGGGGGCGGCCAUUUCAGGGAAACUUUCCGACAAGGAGUGUGCUUGUGGCUCGGGGUGAGUGUGCGUGUGUGUGUGUGUGCGCAAGUGUAGAAACUCCUUGCUCCAGAGAAUAAACACGCGGCGCGUUUGUGGAUGUG